CUUAGAGAUCUAAAGACGUUUUUUGUUUUUUUUCUUAAUGCGAAUCUACUUCCCGCGAGAUAAAGUUAACCUUAAACUGAAGGAAAAUUAUCAAAAAGAAGAUGUGUUUGAGUUAGCAGCAGAGCUUGGAGUUAGUGUAACUUUAUUAAAUUUUAUAACGUACUCGUACCAUGGACCGCGAGUGUGUUUUGAUCCUGCCCCGGGUCUGUGAGGUGCUGGCGGCGUCAGGAAGCUCUUUGCCCGAUGACACCAGUCUGGAGAAACUGCUAGACUGGUUCACAACCAUCACGCAGACUGGCGUAUCUCUACUGGAGGCUUCCCCGUGUCUGCUUGAUUUCCUAUCCAAUGUAGCCUUCAACUCCACCUCAGGCCCCAGCAUCCUUUCCUUCACUCUGAAACUCGCUGGCUUGAUCGGUGCUUCUGAAGACGGCUUUAAAGUUCUGGAGGAGUGCUCUGUGUUGGGGCUGAUCUUUGAUCCUCGUCACUGGCAAGAAGCAGGACUUUGGGAGGAUCCAUGUCUGCGGAUUGGUUGGAUCCAGGGCCUAAAGACGAUUCUGCAGCACUCAAAGGCUCUCCGAUUUUUUGUGCAAGCAGGUCUUAUUGAACCACUCUUACAUCUUCAGACAGACUCAAGCCUAUUUGUUGCUUCAGCUGCCAAUCAGAUGCUCGCUCACGUCCUUCUCCUCUGUGAGUCUCUGUCCUCUGUGGGAUGUAACGGCACAAAGGAAAGAGACUUGGAACAGAACAGCUUGAGCAUGGAAACCAAUCAAAAUUGCAGUGGUGUUAUAACAAAAGCCUUAGAAUAUCUAAACAAGUGUCUGGUCCUGAAGGAAACUUCACAACUUUCUCAAAGCCAGCAGAUCCUCAAACUACUGACCCAGUUCCUGGUCCAGGUCAGGACUCCUCUGCUGGAGAAGCUGCUGCUGACUGUCAUAGACUCUGUGGAGGAGCUAGUGACAAAAAGCUGCAGUCAGCUCACGCUGCCUCUGAUGGACGUGGUUCUAGCUGCAAACAGCAGGCUCAGUGAUGAUCACGACCCAAAGCAGCGAAUCGGCCGACUCCUGUCACUCAUGUUGAACAGGAACAACCCUGUUGAUGUCAUCCAGGCUGCAGCUGCUUGGUUACGCAGCCGCCAGUAUGAUCCCGUCCACACAGCCCACUGUGCUCGAGUCCUGCUGCUACCCCUGGACAUCGUUACCGGCAUCUCUUUGCUGGAUGAAAACUCCACAGCAGAAGAGCUUCGAAUUUUAAUGACCGAGCAGCUUAAGAGUAAAACCUGCUUCUCCAUGAUUUGUGUGUGUUUAACAAACAUACCUCAGAUCACACUUCUGGCGCCGGAUUGUCUCCCCUGUCCUCAGAGGCGAAUUGUUAGUGCAGUGUUGUCGUUACUGAAGCUGUGCUGUGGGGACACCUCGUCUUCAUCCGCUGGCUGCGUUGGAGUUUUCAGAUUUGUUACCGGCAGCAGCAAAAUUCAGAAAUGUUCCAUGGAGGCUCUGUCGGCGCUCAGCAAGAGUCCAGAGGUAGAGAUCCUGCUGCCUGAGGUCUUCAAACUUCUGACAGAAUAUGUGAAUAGUCCUUCUUCUGACCCAUCUGUGCUCCAGAAGUCAUACCAGGCUUUAAUCAACUGGAUAGGUGUUUGCACAGACCUCUCAUGCAUUACAGGCCUCCUCAGAGAAGAUCUUAUCCAGGCAGUAAGGAAGCGUGCUUGUGACAUGCGCUGGGAAGCGAGAGACUCCACGGUGGAGUUUCUGGGUCACCUCGCAGAGGUGCAAUCCUGCCGGACAUCCGCUGGGGAGAAGAGAGAACCGUCAAAUUCUCUCCUGGGAGGCUGCAGCUUUACAGUUCCUCUCCUCAAGGAGGCGCUGCAGGAUCUAGAGAGUUAUGUGAGAGCCAGCUCCAUUUUUGCACUGGGACACACACUGACAUUCAGCUGGCAGCAGGGGGCAGCACUAACACAGGAUCAGGUGGAAAUAGUGACCCGGCUGCAGGAAAUUCUCUCCCAGGACUCGGAGGGAUUUGCCAGGAGGGCCGUUGUGAAGUACUUUAUUGCCUGGUUCUCCUCAUGUUCCUCGCCUACCUCCUGCUCGCUCCUUGUGCAGUCUGUGCCGACCGUCCUCUCUCAGGGUGUUGCCGAUCUGGACUGGGAGGUCAAACUACACACACUGGAGCUGGCAGAGCUGCUGCUGGACCAGGCCUUUCCAAAUCCCGCUCCACCUCAUCCCUACGCUGUGAUGUCUGACCAGUCCCACAGAAUUCACACACAGGAUAAGGAGUCAGAGUUGCUCAGCAGCUUAAACAGUUUGGUUGACCGGGGAGUCAUCUCCGCUUUGUUCUGUUUUCUGGUUGACUGUGACAGACCCGUCGCUCUGAAGGCCUGCCAGCUGCUGUUAAAGCUCAGACACACAGUUUGUCCUCUGAUGGUGAGCGCAGCAGACACCAGAGUUCCCUGUGAACUGCCUGGAUGGAGCUGGGUGCAUGAGAUCAGAAAGAUCCAGGGGGUGAAUAAGGACCCUCACACACAGGGAGGCUCUCAUAUUGGUUCUGAAGCCCGCGGCGAGGCAGUGGAGGAAAGCACAAGUGCCGAAGGUGACAGUGUGUGUGUCAGUGUGUGCGAGGUGUUGAGGUCCCUGGAUUUAGACGAGAGGCUGAGCAUCCUGACUCAAAGCAGCGACCACAUCUACAACUCUCCUCUCUCUCUGCUGCAGGACAUAAUAACAGCCAGCACUGCUAACUCACAUCCCAACUCGAAACCGGGCCAGGAGGUCAUAGUGGACUGUUACUAACGGCCAAAGACAGAGUAACACACGGUCUUCAAUGAGCAGCAAUCCCAUGUCAUAGAUGCUGAUUUCAACACAUGUUGGUUUUAAAACUUUUUUUACAUGAUUUAUUUUGACAUAACUCAUUACUCACUCAACCUACAACUUGCCUAUUGUUGUGUAUAUUUCUCUGCUCUGUAAAAAGUAUUUCAUAUAAUAGACAGAGGAUCUUGCGUACAGUACUGUGACUCGAGAUCUUUUUGGCUCCAGAUGUGUUCCUUACAGCUGAUUGAUGAGUUAUAUUGUCCUUAACGAAGAUACUUUCAUCCUCCCAGACUCAUCUAUAAGGAGUUUUAAUGUUGAGGCCAAUCUUUGGGUACAAACACUGACAACUAUGCUGGCAACCUGGUAAAUAUGUGUAAAAAGCAUAAAAUAAAUGUAUGCAAUGAAA